CACGAAUCACCAACGUCUUCUGUCUCUGCCUUUCCAGGCAGCGUUACAUCCCACCGCUGCCUGUGGCGUUUUCCCCUUUCCACCUUUUCCUACAGAAGAAUGCCGACUUGAGCUUCUUUUGAAAAAUCGAAGAACAAGAAUCAGCAUUUUGCUUUCAGUCCCCCUCAUAACACCACAUCACAUCACACCGCACGCACAGAUCCCGACAAGAUGUCGUCUGAACUCAUGGCGGCCUACUGGCAGGCGCCACCAAUGGCUAGGACAUUGGCGACGGCCAUUCUCGUUACAUCCAUCACAGCCCAUUUCGGGCUGUUGCCGAUUGACUGGAUCUACUUCGAUGAGAGCAGACUCUUCAAACUGCCGCCUGAGAUAUGGCGUCUUGUUACAUCUUUCCUGCUCAGCUCACCGCAGCUGGGCAUUGUGUUAGAUCCGUACUUUGCCUAUCAGUACUUGAGCCAACUUGAAACCACAAACCCCAAGUUCCAAAGGAAGGAAGACAUCCUUUGGUAUUUGAUUACUGUUGGUGGUUUCAUCAUUACCGUAAACCGAAUCUUCUUGGGUGGGUAUUUCUUCCUCCAAGGAUUGAUCGUUGCGCUGUGCUACACUGCCGUUCAAGAUGCCCGCGGCGCGAAGGCGAACUUUUUCUUCUUCACGGUGCCUGCGCAGCUGAUCCCGUACUGCAUGCUCCUCUCGUCGCUGCUCAUGAACCCCAUGGCGAUUCCUCUUCAGGUCACCGGUAUUCUUGCUGCUCACUGGCAUGACUUUAUGACCCGUCUGUGGGCCGAAUUCGGCGGCGGCUCGAGCUUGUUGCCGACGCCCGCUUUCCUGUCUCGUUUUGUUGAGACGCCGAGAGUGUUCCGCCGCGAGUACGGCACAGCCAUCCGUCCCGGUCCUGGCGCUCCGUCUACUGGUAGCACUACAGGUGCGUCCACCGGCUCGGUGCUCCCGGAUUCGUGGAGGACCCGGGGCUCAGGCCAUCGUCUGGGUGGUGAUUGAGAGUGACUUUGUCAUGGUGAGGGUCUGAGAGCAUGCGCAUGUGUGGUGUAGGGCACGGGCAGAAUGGCAGAUCAGUCAAGAUAGUAAUAGUAAUGAUUUGAUAUAUCA